CUUGAUGCCGGAAGUAUUAGAACUCGGAGCUCGUCAUUGUUGAACAAUCUUCGCUCAUCCAUCAUCAACGCGACUUUGUCUCUCUUUCACUGCUCUCUCCCUCUCUCUCUCCAUUUCGUAUAUACCCCCCUCCCCAAAUCUUUUUAUCAACCUUCAUAAUGGGCAAGGACACUAUCACCCUCGCUUCCGGCCGUGAGAUGCCCCUCGUGGGCUUCGGCCUGUGGAAGGUUCCCCGCGAGGCUUGCGCCGACACCGUUUACAAUGCCAUCAAGACCGGUUACCGCCUCUUCGACGGCGCCUACGACUACCAGAACGAAAAGGAGGCCGGCGAGGGUGUCCGCCGCGCCAUCGCCGACGGGCUCGUCAAGCGCGAGGACGUCUUCAUCACGACCAAGCUGUGGAACAACUACCACCGCAAGGAGCACGCCGUCGCCAUGGCCAAGAAGCAGAACGAGGCCUGGGGUCUGGGCUACAUCGACCUGUUCCUCAUCCACUUCCCCGUCGCCCUCAAGUACAUUGACCCGGCCGUCAACGAGUUUCCCUGCUGGUGGAUGGACAAGGAGGGCACCAUCGUCGAGCCCGACCACGUGCCGAUCCGCGAGACGUGGGAGUGCAUGGAGACGCUCGUCGACGAGGGCAUCGCCAAGUCCAUCGGCGUCUCCAACUUCCAGGCCCAGUCGCUCUACGACAUCCAGUCCUACGCCCGCCACCCCAUCUCUUCGCUCCAGAUCGAGCACCACCCGUACCUCGUCCAGCCCGACCUCAUCGCCAUGGCCCAGGAGAACAAGAUCGCCGUCACGGCCUACUCGUCCUUUGGCCCCCAGUCCUUCCUCGAGAUCUCCAACAAGCGCGCCGUCGACGCCAAGGGCCUGUUCGAGGUCGACGCCGUCAAGGACAUCGCCGCCCGGCACGGCGUCACGCCGGCCCAGACGCUGCUCCGCUGGGCCACGCAGCGCGGCGUCGCCGUCAUUCCCAAGAGCAACAGCCAGCACCGCCUCAAGCAGAACCUCGAGGUCAACGGCUUCGACCUGACGCCCAAGGAACUCGAGGCCAUCUCGGACCUCGACCUCGGCCUGCGCUUCAACGACCCGGGCUUCUACCUGCCCCAGCGUCCCCUGCGCAUCUUCGCUUAAAGCUCAGUAUACUGUUUGGAAAGACUAUGUAUGCCAUGUUAUAGACGGGCUGAAGAGGAUACGGACUGUGUCAACGAAUAUAGACUACGGGGAGAAGGACAGGAAAAUGGUAUGGAUGGACAGAUAGAUAGCUUGGACGGGUUCAAAGCUGUCACGAAUUGAUGAGAUUAUUCCC